AUGGCAAUUGGAUUCCCCGAUGAUCGUCAGUUGAAGGACCGGCCCGAGCCGCGGGACAAAGUCAACAGCCCUGAGACCUCCAGCGACCAUGACACUCACCAUGAUAUGAACAGCAAGACCCGUGUGGCUUCAGACUCACCGAGAAGUUCGCUCUCCAUGACCCUGUCUUUCCUCACCACCAUCCGCACUCUCUUCACCACCUUGCCCUCUCUCCCCCUCAGCAGUCCCAUUUGGACCUUUCUUGAACACCUCUACCACCUUCCCAACCCCCCUCCGCCGCGAGUCCGGGACCCAUCCCGCCCCAUGCGCAUCAUCUGCGUCGGUUUCCCCCGCACCGGCACCGAGUCGCUCGCCCAAGCCCUCUCCCACCUCGGAUAUUCGCACGUUUACCACGGCUGGGACAUUGUUUACGACCCUUCCGAUCUCUGUUACUCUCCCGGUUGGGUAAGACUGGCCAGGAAGAAGUUCUACCCUGUUCAAGGUGACCACUCCCAGUCCCAGCCGGUGAUAACGAGAGCGGAAUUUGAGGAGUUGCUAGGCCAUUGUCAGGCCGUGACCGAUGCGCCAGCGUCCGUGUUUGCUGCAGAGUUGAUAGCUGCCUACCCCGAAGCCAAGGUGGUGUUGAAUAUGCGAAGGGAUGAAGAGCAGUGGCAGGAGUCAUUGGUGAAAACAAUCAUCAAGGCGAACGAGAGUUGGGGGUUUUGGAUUGCGAGUUGGUUGGAUCGAGAGUGUUUCUGGGCGUGGCAUGUGUAUGAACGGUUUCUGUGGCCGUCACUGUUUAGAUGUGUUGGUGGUUAUGGGGAGUUGAGCAGAGUGAGCAUUGCAACAUGA